GGAAGGAAGGACCAGCCAUGCCCCCUUCAGGCCCAGACGCCCGGCCCCUUGCUGGCUGCCUGCUGCUGGUUCUGCUUAGCGUCUCCCCCUCCAUCCAAGCUCCGGCAGCAGAGAAAGCAGAGAAGGGGUCCCGCAUCAUCUCCUCUCUCCGGUUCAGGCCUUACCUGGGACAGAAGAUUCGGGUCUGCUGCCAGGGCGUAACCGCCUACACGGAGAGUGGCAUCAUGUACUGGCUGGCAAACGGCAGUUUUGUGGACCAGCUGUACCCAAACGGAUCAGUGAAGGAGGAGCCCACCGUAGAGAAAGGCAGCCAGUUGACCCGAUGCCUGAUCUUCUCCCCGUUGAGGGCUCAGGACCUCCACGCCAGUUUCGAGUGCGUCAUCACCGACCCCUCUGGCGUAUUUCGGAAGGCCAUCCGGUGGGAUUAUCCAGAUAAUGAAAAAGAGUGGAAGCCAAGCUCGCCAAGACUAGUGAGAAGAGCCCAGGGUGAGGAACAUCAACCCAGCACACUUCAGGGCUGACCUGAGGGGCACGUAGGACCUGAAGGUGGAGGAUCCCGCUGGGGUCUGGUUCUGGUGAAUCCAUCUGCCCAAUCCACGGGUCCAAAAAAGCGGCCAACGCAGGGCGCCAAUUCGAGAGCUCUGAAGAUCCAGAGUCCCUGGCCUUGAUGGUGGGACCCCAUCUACCUUUCCAUUAAAUGGGUUUUUUCCAUU